AUGGCCGCGCAGCCCGGCCGCCUGACACAUCAACAAAGAUGGCGGCGGCGGCGGGCGGCGCGACGGAGGGACCUGCGGGGGGCGGGGCCACGGGGGAGGGCGGAGCCGCGGGGGCGCGCAGGGGGGCGCGGGGGCGCGCAGGUGGCAGGUGAGGGUCGGGCGGGAAGCGCUGAAGCGAUGGCGGUGUACCGCGCGCGAGCCUCGCGGGGAGUAGUGAAAACAAGCCUCCUUUUGUCCUAUGCUGAGGUGACUGUCGCCAGCAUGGCCCAGGCGCUGCACGUGAAGGAUGCAGGAAGUUCCAUGGAAAGCACAGCCACUAGAAGAAAGUUGCCAUUGACAGCUGCAACUGAUAAUGGAGAAAUGGUAUCACACACUGAUUCAGUUGAGAAGCCAAAGAAGUUGCAGUAUUCUUUUGAGAAUAUUUUUUCUAUUGGGUAUGAUAAGAGUCUUUUUAGUUCACUGACAUCACCUCCUCCGAUGAGAACUUGCCAUCACUGUGGUCUGUCUGGAUCCCUCAGAUGUUCACAGUGUAAGCAAAUAUACUAUUGCUCUGUGGAUUGCCAGAAGAGAGAUUGGCCAGUACAUAGCACUGUGUGCGAGCCAGUUAAACAGAAUUUAAGUAAUAACAGUGGAGGCAAGUUACCUGCUAGAACUGAGACAGGACUUUACAUUAAGGACAAUCUAAUGUCUGUGGAUUCCUUCAAGACAGAGGAGCAUAUCAAGAAGAUAAUGCUUUCAGAUCUCCAGACUCUAGGACUCAAAAAAACUAUGGAAGUACAGGGUACUGUAACAGAAUUCAAGAGUCCGAGUGAAUUUUAUAUACAGAUGAAUUCUCCAAAAGUUUUAGAGCAGAUCAGCAAACUUUCUGUAAAACUACAAGACUGUUAUGCUAACGCAGUUACUCAAGAGCAAUACAUUGCAGUCAGAGGGGAGAUCUGCGUGGCAAGGAAUUCUUUGGAUCAGACCUGGCGAAGAGCACUGAUUAAAGAUGUGGAUGUAUUGCAAAAGAAAGCACAAGUGUUCUAUAUAGAUUGUGGAAAGGAAGGAAAUAUUCCACUCUACUGGAUUAAAGCCCUCCACAAAGACAUUGAACUGUUUCCUCCAUGUGCAAUUAAGUGUUCCUUUGCCAAUUAUGAUCCUGAACAACAAGGACGCAAUGAAGGCAUUGCCACCUUUUCUUCCCAGCUGAUGGGAAAGACCUGUUCAGUAACUGUUGUUGAUGUACUGCAAGAGGAAAUGAUGUCAAGUUUUGCUGUAGAUGUUGUUCUUCCAGAUGGUUUGUCAGAAAAGAACUCUAAGGAAAGUAAAGAAGAAAUAUGUGAAGAUAAAGAACUGCUUUGCUGUGGAAAUGUAACUGCAGAGUGUGUCUCCAUAUGUAUUGGAGACACAUUUUCUGUUGUGGUUUCCCACAUUCAAAAUCCAGAAGACUUUUUCUGUCAGCAGAUACGCAGUGGCCGUCAUCUUGCUGAGCUUCAGGUGCGUCUUUGCAAACACUGCAACGAACUUCCCAGUAAUCCAAAUUUCCGACCAGUUUCUGGAGAGAUGUGCUGUGCCCAGUUCACAGAAGACGAUGUCUGGUAUCGUGCCACCGUUAUAGCACAUACUUCUGAAAAUAACGUGGUGGUGGGUUACAUAGAUUAUGGAAACUUUGAAGUUCUGCAGCCAACCAGACUUCGUCCUAUGAUUCCAAAAUUAAUGGACUUGCCAGCUCAAGCCAUAAGAUGUACCUUGGCAGGUAUCAAGCCACCGUUGGGAGCCUGGACCUCAGAAGCUAUUUCUCUUAUGAAGCAAUUAGUAAAAGACAAAGCAUUGACAGUGAAAGUAGUGGGUAAAGAGAGUUAUCGAUCUGUGGUGGAGCUCAUCGAUGCAUCAGUUAUUCCAGAAAUAAAUAUAUCAAGGUAUCUCAUUGGGAAAGGCUGUGCAGCUGAAGCACCAAGAAUGGCCUGUCAAGCACUUGAAAUGGGCAAUGUUAAGCAAGCAGAUGAGGACACAACAAACAACAAAAAUUGCAAGUGGAGUAAAUUAUCUCUGAAACAAGCAGUAGAUGUGAUAGUGUGCACGCUGUACAGUCCUGGGGAAUUCUACUGUCAGAUUGCAAAUAGCAAUGAGUUACGUGCUCUAAACUCACUUAACAAAUCGUUGUUUGAAUACUGCCAGAAAACUCCUCCAAAUGUUUUUAAGCCUGAGAAAGGAGAACCUUGCUGUGCUUUAUUCUCUGAUGAUGGUAACUGGUACCGUGCUUUGGUGCAAAACGUUACUUCAGGUGGAACUGUUAAAGUUCUCUUUGUGGACUACGGAAAUGUUGAAGAAGUUCCACUGGAUAAGAUACGGCAGAUUUCAUCCUCGUUUCUACAGCUGCCAUUCCAAGGAAUUAAAUGCUGGCUUUCAGGUAUAAAGCCUGCUGAUAGCAAAUGGAACCCAGAAGCUACGGAAAGAUUUCGUAUGUGCACUGCAGGGCUGAAGCUUCAAGCCAGAAUAACUUGCUUUUCCAGAGAUGGGGCAGGUGUAGAGCUUAUUGACAAUUCCAUGGGUUAUCCAAAAGUGAUCAAUGAGAUGCUAACUUCUGAGAAAUUGGCUGUGAAGGAAGACCUGCCAGAUAAAAAUAAUUUUCCAACUAAGUCUGACAAAAAAGUAGAAACCUCACCUGGGCACUGGGAGUCGAUAGAAUUGGCAGUGGAUCAAACUGUAUCUGUCUGUGUGACAGAAGUUAUAAGCCCAGACUUGUUUUAUGCUGUACCAGUUCACUGUAAAGACAGAGAGAAGCUACUUAGUCAGUUGACUGAACUACAAGACUACUGUAAAUCUUGUAAGAAGCGGCCUUUCAGACCAAAGCUAGGUGAAGCCUGUUGUGCCAGGUUUUCAGUUGAUGGGCGUUGGUACAGAGCUCUGGUUCUAGAAGUUUCUCAGUCCACAGUUCAAGUACUCUAUGUAGAUUAUGGGAACAGUGAAACUUUACCACUUUCAAAUGUGCUGCCAAUCACUGAUUCCUACUUAAAGCUUCCUUUUCAGAUGAUUGCAUGUUCUCUUGCAGGAAUAAAGAAAGUUGAGUGGUCUCCAUUGGUACUUAACACAUUGAAAGAAAUGUUACUGAAUAAAUAUGUCACAAUCACAGUGAAAGGAGUGAAUGGAAAUGUUAAAUUGGUGAAAGUGGAGAAACAGAGUGAAAAUGGUAGUCUGAAUGUAGCAGACAAAUUAGUGACAGAAGGUUUGGUCAAAUACUGCCAAGCUGAAAACUCAGAUGUUGCACAUCAAGGCAGUAGAAGUGAGACCAAAUGCUGCUGCUGCACAGAACUAAAAAUGCAGCUUAAAAAACAUGAGCAGGUUCUCCUCUUCCUUUUAAACCAAUACGAGAAUCCAGAAAAAUACAAAAAAAUGAAAAAACUGUUGGAAAGUGAAGCCUGAAGUGCUGCUCCAUUCGUAUGUAUGCCAGGAUUCCGCAGUUCCUCUUUUGGAAGAGCAGUUGCAUUCAUCGUACUAAAAAUGAGAGUUGCUUCCUAGAAAUUCUGCUGUUUAACUGUAUCAGUCUGUGUAUUUGGGACUGUUCAAUUAUCAGAUGUAUAAUGUUAAUGAUUCCAAAGCUGCAGGCUGAAUUUUCUGUUCUGUCUUUUGUUUGAUACUUCAGUGUUGGUGAGCUUUUUUUGCUUUUAUUUUGCUGUUGAAUGCACGUAAGUUUAUUGAAUUGCAAUGCACCUUGAGAAUGUCCUGUUAACUUACAUUUAAAAUGGUUGUAAUCAUAAAGCUGUCUUCAACUUCGGUACGAUUGAUUUUUACUUAAAAAUCCAUAUCUUAACCUUACUGUUCCAACUUAAUUUCAUGCCUGUGUAAAGUUAGACUGAAGAUUCCCUUUAUGAACUUGUUUUCAGCAUGGUUAAAGGCUGCCUUGUCAAUUUCUGCCUUGUGAGUUUUUUCACACUAAUAGAGAAGCCCUAUUCUGGGAUUUGACAAUCCAUUAAUAAUUUGGUUCGGUAUUUCUCUAAUGUAGCUGAUUGGUCAGGAAUGACAACAAGCAAUCUAGUGACUGGUAAUAAGGAAUGACAAAUUGUUGUUCUCAGAGCACAGCAGAUACCUGCUUGUUUAAAGCUGCAGGGAUCCCUGUUUUCUUCUCUUGAAGUAAACAGGUUGAGUUCUGGCUCUGAUCAAAACUGAAGAAUGUUGAGAUUAAUUUCUUUUGUGAAAAUAAAAUAUUCGUGUGACUGAACUGUAA